UUAGAUUAGGAGAGGCGUGUGCAAAAAGCCUGGGAUAUAGGAUGAGCUAAUAGAGCUAUGCAAGUGGAGAAUUGCAUCUCGCUGACGAGUGAAAUCUCAAAGAAAUUUAUGAAUGUGGGCAGUGGCUUUGCGAGCUCCAAUGGAUCAGAGGAGCUCUCGUUGCAGGACCAUCCUAUUAUAUCUUCAAGUGACAACCUGGAGAGAAGUUCACCUCUGAAAAAAAACUCCAGGGAGAUGACGAAUCAGUCAGAGGCAGACAAUUUCCCCGACUCCAAGGACGCGUCGGGGGACGUCCAGAGGGGCAAACUCUCUCCUGAUCUCCACGGAGUCUCUGACAUCCGUCAUAAUUUCGAUGGAUCUGCAGGAGAAAGGUGCAUCUUUUCUCCGUCCGCCCAGCCGCCGUCAGUCUCCGCCGCUCCCACUGCCAUGUUUCCGUACCCGAGCCAGCAUGGACCGGCGCACCCCGCUUUCUCCAUCGGGAGUCCCAGCCGCUAUAUGGCCCAUCAUCCGGUCAUAACUAACGGAGCGUACAACAGCCUUUUAACCAACACGUCUCCGCAAGGCUACCCGACGGCGGGCUACCCUUACGCGCAACAGUAUGGACACACGUACCAAGGGGGAGCUUUUUACCAGUUCUCUUCGGCGCAGGCGGGACUGGUACCGGGGAAGGCGCAGGUGUAUCUGUGCAACAGGGCCCUGUGGCUGAAGUUUCACAGGCACCAGACAGAGAUGAUCAUAACAAAACAGGGACGACGAAUGUUUCCCUUUUUAAGCUUCAACAUUUCUGGCCUCGACCCAACCGCUCACUACAAUAUAUUUGUGGAUGUAAUACUCGCUGAUCCGAAUCACUGGCGAUUCCAAGGAGGAAAGUGGGUGCCGUGUGGGAAAGCUGACACAAACGUUAUAGGAAACAGAGUUUACAUGCACCCGGAUUCACCAAACACCGGCGCGCACUGGAUGCGUCAGGAAAUCUCGUUUGGAAAGCUAAAGCUCACCAACAACAAAGGUGCCUCCAACAACACAGGCCAGAUGGUGGUCCUCCAGUCGCUCCACAAGUACCAGCCCAGGCUCCAUGUGGUGGAAGUGAACGAAGACGGGACAGAGGACACCAGCCAGCCGGGAAGAGUCCAGACGUUCACCUUCACGGAGACGCAGUUCAUCGCCGUCACCGCUUACCAGAACACUGACAUUACGCAACUGAAAAUCGACCACAAUCCGUUUGCCAAAGGAUUUCGGGACAAUUAUGACACUGUAUACACAGGCUGCGACAUUGACCGCCUAACUCCAUCACCGGGUGACUCUCCGCGCUCACAGAUCGUGCCGGGUGCGAGAUACGCCAUGCCCAGCUCCUUCCUGCAGGACCAAUUUGUCAGCACUUAUGCCAAAUCUCGCUUUCACCCUGGCGUGGGGACUGGUCCUGGCACGGAGCGCAGCGUCCCACUCGGCAACAGCUUGCUGUCCCCGCAGCAAAGCGAGGAGCCCACUGUUGCCACCCCCCCGCAGCGUUGGUUUGUCACCCCUGCCAACAACCGACUGGACUUUGCCGCCUCGGCAUACGACGCCGCCGAUUUCGCCGGUAACGCGGCCACCUUGCUGUCCUACGCAGCGGCCGGAGUAAAGGCUCUCCCCCUGCCGACAGCGGGCUGCUCCAAUCGGCCUCUUGGCUAUUACGCAGACCCGUCUGGCUGGGGAGGACGCACGCCACCACAGUACUGCGGCGUAAACAGUAAAUCCAGCUCGGUCUUUUCCUGCUGGCCGACCAACUCCCUUGGAGGCAGGGCGGGCACCAACUACCUGUCGGAGGAAGGAGACUCCAUCGCGACCGAGAGGUCACCGAUCGGUGGCUCGGAAGAGACCAAACCCAAAGACAUCACAUCAGAGUCCAGCUGGAUAGAGACGCCGUCGUCGAUAAAGUCGAUUGAUUCCAGCGAUUCUGGGAUCUUUGAACAAGCCAAAAGAAGACGGAUCUCCCCCUCUGCCACCCCGGUCUCAGAGACAGUGUCCCCGUUAAAAUCCGAGCUGCUGGCACCGAGAGAGUGCGAGAAGAACUGUACAAAGGACAUUGGUUACUACAGUUUUUAUCCUCACAGUUAGAACAAAUCUAUCUAUCUAUCUAUCUAUCUAUCUAUCUAUCUAUCUAUCUAUCUAUCUAUCUAUCUAUCUAUCUAUCUAUCUAUCUAUCUAUCCAACUAUCUAUCUAUCUACACACUGUUGAGUCAGAAUCACUGUAUUUAUGUUCAUAAUGUAUAUACUGCUGGACAUUUGUGAUAGUGACUGUACAAAACAAACAAACAAACAAAUAAAAAAACAGAAAUAAAGCAUAAGAUUAAAACAGUCAGUAGUAUUUUAAAGAGCGACAUGUCUUCUGUUGAGUAGCCUCAACUGUUAGUAACUAAAGAUAUUUAGGAAUCUGUACAUGACAUGGUUUUGUGUAGCAUAUACUGGCAUAAUAAUCUCUGUCAGUGAAGGAAAAAAAAAAAACAA